GGCAGCAGGGACGCGCUGUGCCUUUUUUUUUCGUUCAUGGUUCGGAUCUGCGAGAGGAAGAUGAAGUUCCUGGUCGCUGUCACGGUCAUCGUCGGGUCGGUGAUUUUUCUGCUCUUCCCGAACGGUUCGGACGCCGACGAGAAGAAGAAGGGCCCGAAAGUCACCGCCAAGGUGUACUUCGACAUGAAAAUUGGAGAUGAAGACGUGGGAAGAAUCGUGAUCGGAUUAUUCGGGAAAACGGUUCCCAAGACGGUGGAGAACUUCGCGGCGCUGUCAACGGGAGAGAAAGGAUUUGGCUACAAGGGCAGCAAAUUCCACCGAGUCAUCAAGGACUUCAUGAUCCAGGGAGGAGACUUCACCAGAGGAGACGGCACAGGCGGCAAGAGCAUCUACGGGGACCGUUUCCCUGACGAGAACUUCAAGCUGAAGCACUACGGCCCCGGCUGGCUGAGCAUGGCUAAUGCUGGCAAAGACACUAAUGGCUCCCAGUUCUUCAUCACUACAGUCCAGACCCCCUGGCUCGACGGUAAACACGUGGUCUUCGGAAAGAUUCUGGAGGGAAUGGAUGUUGUGAAGAAGAUCGAGGCCACGAAGACAGAUGGCCGGGACAAGCCUCUGAAAGACGUCACCAUCCAUGAAUGUGGGAAGAUUGAGGUUGAAAAGCCUUUCGCCGUGGCCAAAGAGUAGCGCGCUUGCAGAGAGGACGGGAGCAGGAGGAACGGGGUGGGGGGGGGGGCAGGUGGAAUGGUGUGUGUGUGUGGGUGUGUGUGCGUGUGUGGGUGGGGGGGUGGGUAGGAGCGGGGGCAGGAAGUUGUGCAGGCCACCUUGGGGACGUUGAGCUCUUGUAAAGACGCCAGAACAGCUUCGAUCAAAGCAAUCAUGACGGCACACUUUGGGUCCAUUUUAAUGAUGAGCAUUCCAAGUUGCACUCAACUGUUCUCUGCGUAUUUUUUAAAAAAAAAGUAAAUCUUGAAUAAAGAUUUGGUGUUUUUUUUUUUUC